AUGCCCGGUGUGACGGUCCUGCCGCCUGCCUCAGCUCUAGGAGGUCUCGCCUCACCCAGGAUGCAAAAUGGAUACGGUACUCCUCACAACGGCACCGUCGCGGAGAUCAAGGAGGUAGCAAAAGAACAGGCCCUAAAGGUCAAGGGCGCAUCUCCCUUGUCGCUCCUGCGCAGUGCACGCGCGCAGAUCACCCAUGCGCGCGAGUCUGAGCUGUCCGGCGACCUCAAGAACGCCCUCAGCGCGCUGACCAAGGCCGUCUCGCUCACGGCUAUGAUCAUGGAAACUGCAGAUUUCAAGGCGGAGAUGCAGCCUGGGAAGCGAGGUGUGCUUUCCAAAGAGUUAGUAGAGUUCCAGCAGCGCGAAGGCGCGGAUGUGCAGGUUAGGAUGAAAAGCUUAGAGGCGAGGAUCACGGAGCAGGAGCAGUCUCAGGCGUCGGCGAGCAACGAGGACGAGGCGGAGAGCCCCGCCGUAGGAACCAGCAUAGCGGACCGGAUCCGCUUACUACAGAAUGGCGGCCUCGCAGUAUCAACGAACAAACGACUUUCGCGCGAGGUAGCUUCGCCGACGCUGCCGUCGACACUGCCCGACGUGCCAAUGCUCAAGCCGCAGCGCAUGUCCUUGCAGAACCUACCGUCACCACCUAGCUUCACCACUCUUGCCUCUCCGACCUUCGCAAGCGCAGCGGCACCGUCGCCCCAUGCUCUUGUUCCGACAUCGAGCUUCGGUCCGCCCUCGCCAUCCUCGUCUACGUCGUCCUCACCCCGCGUGUCGCACCUGAGUCUGUCGGAGUUCGCGACGUCGUUCCCUUCCAUCGACGAGCUAGAAGAGCAUGAUGGGCUGAACUUACACUCUAUACCGACCGGUUCCAGUGGGGGGCGGGCGGACAGGUCGCCAUUCUACGCCCAUACCUCCUACGAUCGACACCUUCAACAGCCGUCCAGCAUCCCCCGCGCGCUCUCCACUCUCUCCGACAGUGCCCCGCAAGCCGUCCGGACUCUCACUCCGUUCGUCCGCGUCAAGAUCGCCUGUACUUCCUCCAUCGACUCCUUAUCGGAGAAUCAAGUGGAUUCGCUCGUUACGACCUCAUUGUUCCCGAAGACGCUGAUGGAGCACAACAAACGACCGAACUACAAGGUGCUGCUGCUGGACGUACGCACGAGGUCGGAGUUUGAGAGGGAGCACAUUAAGACAGACACGGUGGUGUGCAUCGAGCCGAGCGUGCUCCUGCGUCCCGAAGUGACAGCCCAGAGCAUCGAGGAUGCCCUCGUGGUCGCCCCACGCGGUGAACAGGUGCUCUUCGCGAACCGCGACAAGUUCGACCUCGUCGGGAUCUAUGACGACGCCUCGGAGACGUUCGGCGACACGAACUCGCCGCUGUCCGUCCUCACGCGCGCCAUCUACGAGAUCGCGUUCCGCAAGUUCCUCAAGCACCCGCCUGUGCUACUCGUCGGCGGCCUGCAAGCGUGGAAGCGUGAAUAUGGCGAGGCGGAGCUCCAGGGCGGGGGCAGCUCAGCAGUGGGCUCGGGGAGCGUGUCGGGUUUGGCUAACGGCGUGUCGUCGAUGAGUUUGAACGGGCUGUCGUCACCGCCGCUGGCGUCGCCUUAUGUCGAGCCGAGGUCUGCGGGCCAUGUGCGUGCGCCUGCGGAGACGUCGUCUAUCCACUCUGCGGUUCCCGUCUCGAGCGGCGAGCAAGCUCUCGCAGGGCGCCAUAGAGCAGGUACAGAGUCGGCCGUCGAUCUGCAAUCACGCAGGUUGCCUGCGGUGCCUAAUGGGCACUACACUGGCGACCAGCCCGUGUCGAUGAGAUACUCCACUCUCCCCUUCCAUCGACCCCGCACGGCGGCUCGUGCGCAAGCCCGCCAUGACGCGCUCCACUCAAAUUCCAUAUCAUAUCCAUACAACCCUUCUCCUGCAAUACCCGAAAACUCUGUUACCCAGCACGUCUCCCCACAGCCCGUCGUCAAUGGGACGAGCCCAAUACAAUACCCCUCCGUCGUGCGCCAUAUAUCCCCCCAAGUAUCUGGAUCGUCCUUUUCUUCGUCUGCAGGCGCCGUGCCGUUGCCUCCACAGGCCUCCAUCAACCCCUCGCCUCUGUCGCGGCGCCGGAGCGACUAUGUCGACCAGUCGCAGGAGGCGCUGUCCGGGUUCGCCUCGCGCACGUCGAUAGACUACCCUGAUCUGUCGUCACAGCAUAUCCUGAGGCCACCGCCCGCUGUUGCGUCGAGUAGCAUGGAGCGCCAGGACAACAGGCCGCGGCUCAUGCAGCGCGCGUCGUACAACAACCUUGCGAACGAUUACCCGGUCACGUACUGGGCGGAUAUCCAGAUCGGAACGUCUGGGCUGAAGAAUCUAGGGAACACGUGUUAUAUGAACUCGACGAUACAGUGUUUGAGUGCGACGGUGCCCUUUGCGCGGUUCUUCACAGACGGUCGGUGGAAGAGCGCUGUCAACAUGAUGAACCCGAUGGGCACGAAGGGCAGUCUGGCGCAGGCGUUUGCGAAUAUCCUGCGCGAUAUGUGGCAAGGCGAAUCCCAGUGUUUGAUGCCGGUGACAUUCAGGCGGUCUAUAUGUACCUAUGCUCCACAAUUUGGCGGCACCGAGCAACACGAUUCGCAGGAGUUCUUGAACUUCCUGCUGGACGGGCUGCACGAAGAUCUGAACCGCGUACUGCAAAAACCACAACUAGACACCACGCCGGAGAGGGAAGCGGAGCUGGAGAGGCUGCCGGUGCAAAUUGCGAGCGAGCAGGAGUGGCAGAUUUGGCGAAUGCGCAAUGACAGCCUCGUCGUCGACUUCUUCCAGGGCCAGUUCCGGAACCGCCUUGAGUGCUUGACGUGCCAUAAGACGUCGACGACGUAUAACACGUUCAUGUAUUUGACGCUUCCGAUCCCAACUGGUCGAGCCCUGUCACGCGUGUCACUGAGUUCGUGCUUGGACGCCUUCGUCAAGGAAGAAGUGAUGGAGAAGUCGGAUGCAUGGCACUGUCCCCAUUGCGAUGCGAUGCGAAAAGCGACGAAGACUCUGUCCUUGUCGCGACUCCCGCCGGUUCUCCUCAUCCACCUGAAGCGAUUCUCGUCGAAGGGCCACUUCACUGACAAGAUCGAGACAUUCGUCGACUACCCGCUGAAGAACCUUGAUCUUACAAACUACAUGCCACCGCCAUUGCCACCGGGUGUUCACAACGGUGGUCAACAGCUGUCGCGCGACGAUCCACGAGCGCAGAUCCCGCCAUAUAAGUAUGAUCUGUACGGUGUCACGAAUCACUUCGGGACGCUCAGCAGUGGUCACUACACUGCGUUCAUAUCAUCGCGCGGCGGAUGGCUGUACUGCGAUGACAGUCGCAUUUCCCAGGCUGACCCCAAGGACGUAGUGGGCAAGCCGGCGUACAUGUUGUUUUACAAGAGGACCAAGCCCUAA